AUGAAACUGUCGAUAAAUAAUUGUCAGAAUCUAAUCUCAACAUCAGUACUAAUUUUAUUAUCUUUCGUAUUCUUAAACAGUUUAUUUAUUUAUUGUGACUUAUCACUUCAUGAAGAAGAUUAUCAGUCAAACAAAAAACAUAAUGAUAACAGUAUAACCAACAAUAACAACGCCAAUAAUAAUCGUAACAAUGAAAUAUAUCAGCAACUUAAAGAAAGUAAAAACAUGGAGAACCAUAUUCAUAAGAGUUUAGUAAACAACAGAUAUCAUGCAGAAAAUAUCCCAAACGAAAACACACAUAAGUUUAAUUUUACAUUGAAAACUACAAAUGACAUAAAUCAUGAUAAAUCAUUGCCUGUAAUAAUUUUUUCACGUAAAAAUGCUACUGAAAAUCAACUUCCGGUAGAGGAACCAGUUUCAAAUAAUUCAUCGAAUAAGGGUGAACCUAAUAAAUCAACAAUUGACCAUAAAAAGAUAUCUCAUAGUAGAUAUUUACCAUCUUGGACAUAUUCUACACCAUCUACAUUGAUUAAGUCAGCGACAAAAGUUAUUGAAAAUUGGCCACUCAGUGACUAUCGUGUUGAAUUUAUCGAAGAUUUAAUUCAAAAAAAUAUUGGAAUAAGAUUUGAAGAUGAUGAUACAAGUGAUUUCUCACAAAUGAUUAUUGUGCCAAAAACAUCUUCAAUUUAUGUAGUUAAAAAUCGAGAAACGCUGUUAAAGUUAGACAUGACAACAUUCGAACAACACGAUAAAUAUAUACUACCAGUGUCAUUGAAGUCUUCACCAGGAUGCAAUGAUUCUUGGUCAUGUGACUCGAAAAAAGAAAUCAGUCUACUUGCUAAAAUGCCUGAUGAACGUAUGAUUUGGCUUUGUUAUGUAACCCAUCGUUCUUAUGGCAGUCGUCCUAAUCUACUUGCUGAAAGUGGUUGUAUGGUCCCAACGGUUGAAAAUCUGGCUACUCCAUUAAUUCAAUGGGAAAAUCCUCAUUUUAAUUCAUUAUAUCCUGAUAAACCAGCCAGUGUACUUAAUGCAGCUGAUGGAUUCACUUAUAUAUCUGCAUUUACCUUUGAUUACUUACGUAUAUUUCGUGCCUAUAUGCCUGACUGGAAUGGAAAUUUUAAUUGGACAGGUGCUCUUGUUACUGAUAAGAAUCCAAAAUUGAUAGCAGAACCGGCGCAAAUUUUAUUGACUUUUGAAACAACUGAUGAAAUUUAUUUCGUUCUUCGAGAACAACCAAGUUCACAAAUGUCCAAAUGUGAAAUAAAUGUUGACAGUUCAAUAAACACAUUGACUAAAGUCGAAAAAUUAAAACGAUUGCAUCAACCUUACUGUUUAACAAGUAUAGCACGUUUGGUAAGGGUUUGUAAAGGUGAUCCAGGUGGUUUACCAUUUAUCAGCUCAAAUAAUUUUGCAACAUUCGCUAAAGCCGACUUAAUAUGUCCUGCUACAAAUGAAAAUGGGGGAUAUUUCAGUUAUACACAUGUUUCAGCAGCUUAUUGGGAUAAUAAUACACAAUUACUGUAUGCAACGUUUACAACAGAAAAAUCUGCUCCUGUUGGAAGUGCUUUAUGUAUUUACAGUUUAAAUGAGCUGAAAGCUUCGUUCAGUGGACCAUUAAUACAUACUAAUGCAAAACAAAAUCAUGUAAAAUCAUCACCUGUACCAAAUUCAUUUUCAAAUAUUUGUUCAAGAUUCAAUUCCAAAAACAGAACUGAAGAAGAAGUAAAAGCUGGAAGACUUUUAUCUUUACGUUUUCCUUACCGUUAUUUACCAAUCAAACCACUACAUGGUCAUGCAUUAAUAUCUCAAACAGGUGAUAAUUGGGUGCAUUUACAAGCUUAUAAUUUACCUUCACUAAUAAAUCAUUAUCAAAGUGAAGAACAGGUCAAAACAAGCCUCAUAUGGGUUGGCACAAGGAAACGUUUGAUUCAAUUCGUAGUGUAUACGUAUAGCAGUAUAACACUGCCUAAUGGAGAGAGAUAUUCAACAGAUAACAAUUAUGAAACGAAACCCAUAAUAUGCAAAAUCAAAGAGAUUUUUCUUGGACGUCAAAUUGAAACAGUAAUUCUUCAGUUACCAUCUGAUAAAUUGAGUUCAAACGUUAACCAAAAGUUUGAAGUACACAGUGACUCCAUGUGGAAUCAAAAGGAUCCUUCUAAAAUAACUAAAGGUAUAAGAAUGAACUCAUUUAAAACAUCACAAAUAAAUAAACUUUACGAUGAAGAGAUCAUUGGUAAAAUAGAAAACGAAGAAAUUCGUCUUAUUGAAAUAUCAGCUUCCAAUUUACAUAUCAUGACAAAUAAAAAAUUGUUUCGAAUACCAUUGGCACGUUGCUUUGAAUAUCAAACAUUUGAUGAUUGUCUUAACUCGAAAGACCCACAUUGUGGUUGGAAUUGGUCUGAAGGUAGAUGUUCAAGUGGAUAUCUAUUUGAGUCUACCGUACAAAUUAAUCGUUUAAGUACAUUUUCACCAUCAAUCGAUCAUAGACAACGAAGUAAUCACCAAUGUCCAACAAAACGUCUUUCAUUCUAUAAAGAUAAAGAGAGUUCAUGGACAAAGUGGUACGAUUGCGAAUGGCUUAUUUCACACCAAACGGGUGAUCUAGUUCCUAUCACAAUUCACAACCAGCAAGGUGAUGAUGUUAUUGAAAGUGUUAAUGAUGAUAUAUCAAAUGAACUGUUGGGCAGUUGUUUAUGCCGAGUUUGUAUCAAUCAAGUUAAUUGUGUUCUUGGUAUACAACAAGUUAAAAAUUGUACUCGCUACGAUCAAAAUUGGCUUCCUUGGUCUACUUGGAGUGACUGUGAUACAACCAAUAAUAUUCAAAUACGGAAAAGGCAAUGUCGACCUAAUGCAGUUUGCUCGGGAAAUAAUAUCGAACAACGAUCAUGUUUGGACGAUGAAAGCUGGUUUAAACAAUCCAAUAUCAUACCGAAAUCAGCCAGUUACAAUAAACCAAGAAUUAAUUAUAUAACUCAAACUGAAGGUUUCACUCUUACACAUUUGAUACUUGUAGUUAUAUGUGGAUUACUAACUGGCAGCUUAAUAACGGUCAUAUUGGUUUGGUCAUGUAGACGUCAUCGUUGGUCAUACGAUGAGAAUGAUAUUGCUAAAUUAAUAAGCAAAUAUCAUACAAAAACCAUACAUACUCAUUAUAGAAAUCGUCUACCUAAUGAAAGUCAACAAACCUGUUUAACUACUAGUGAACCAUUAUACAAUCAUUCAUGGAGUUUAAUCGAUGAAAAAGAACCUAUCUGGUGUACAAAAUCAGAUAUUGCAGCACAAGUACCAACAGAUACACGUUAUGAAUAUUUACCAUCUAGUCAUAUAAUGCCAGUCAACACCAGAUUGAACAGAUCAUUUGGCCGAAAGCCAACAGAAAUACCCAAUUCAAACGCCCUACGUCAUGAUGUGUCAAGAAAUGCACAUUUACUUUCAAAUACACCGUCACCAGUAUCAGUGACAAGUAAUCCGUCAACAACUUCAACAUUACUGAAAGACAAGUUUACAUAUGAUCUAUUCACUGAACAAAAUUCUAAUGUUUUAAAUGAUGGAAAACUAAUUAAUGUUACACAAGAUAAUAGAAAUGAGAAUAAUAACGAAAAUUCAGGGAAUUUAUACUUGACUGGUUAUUUUUAUGCACCAAUCGAACCAACAUCAACAGUAACAACUUUACCGACAACAAGAAUCAAUGUUAAAUUACCUGAACACCACGACUAUCCAACUAAACAAACACCUGUUUUAUCAUCAUUUUAUCAUCAACCGAAUACUGGUCUCGUUAUUCCAAAGUCCAUUUUCAUACGACCUGCAUUACUGCCACAUAGAGGAAAUGAACAUUUAAACAAUAGUAUUGUUAGUAAUAAUAUGAUGACAAAACGUAUUGACGGUGAAAUGUUUACAAUCACAGAAAAUCCAGCACAAUUUUCAUGA